AUGACAUGCCCCAGGACCUGGAAUGGACAUGAUGAUGGCUGGUGGCACUCCAAUAAUGAUGAUGGUUGGUGGCAUGGAUCUGGAUCCAGUUCCUCCUGGCAGCAUGGGGCUGCUUGGCAUGGAGAUGGUGGAGGUGGAGAGAGUCCACACAUGGCAGCUGAGAGGGUCAUCAAUGACAAGGAUGAUAUGGAGAUUGACAAUGGUAAAACUGAUGCUGAUGGAACUGGCGAUGACAAGCCUUCAAUACCACCUGACCAUCCUCCUCCCUCCAGGGUGCACCCUUUCCCUUUGCUUCCAGCAUGGUCUAAGAGCUUGCCAGACCAAAGGAAGCUUUCCAAGCCUCUGCCAUAUGUUGGCCCUGGCCAGCCAGAUGAGAUGAGGCUUCUCAUGGGUGUGGAAAUGGAGGCCAGAAUGCGCAAUGCCUGCAUGACCAGCCAUGAGAAGCAUAUGCUGCAAGUCUGGAUGAAAAAUGAUGGGAAGAAGAUGCAGGCAAACUGCCAGAAGGUGAUUCAGACCUUUGGCAAGAAAGGUGGUGGCAGGGCAUCCAGGGAUUUGCUUGCCAAGAACUUUCAUGAGGCAGCAUGGCAGCCUGGGCAGGUGGUGGAGGUGAACUCAUGUGAGUACACAGUGCUGAAGCACAUGAUGCUGUCCCACCAAGUGGCAUGGGGCCCAGAGUUUGACAAGGCUGAGUCAGUGAGAUGCUGGACUUGCAAGGUGGCACUGCACAAGGCUCUCCCUCCUUUGUUCCUCAAUGUGAUGGGCGAUGACCUUUGCUCUUGCUCACCUGCUGGCCUGUUUGGGCUGCAGGACAAUGUUGAUGGGUGGGAGCACAACUAUUUCACCCAGGACCAGAUUGCUGCAACCUACAAGAAGAGCAAGGAGGCUAAAGAGGCCAAGCUGCAGAAGAAGAGGGCAAGGGCCAAUGCCAAUGAUGAGGCUGGCACUGAUCCUUCAUCAUCAUCAGACUGA